AUGCCUCGCAAAGUGUUUCCGGAUGGUGCGUCGUGCUCCGACGAGGAGUGCCAGGGCAUGGCAGCAAUCUGGGAUACUCAUGCCGAACUUCGUGAAAGGGCCAGGUCGGGGAAAAGGCUGAUGCAAUCUGCCAAUGGGGAUGCAGUUGUGUUGCCGAACCUUGAGAACAUCAAACAUAAUUUCCUAGUUCUGAAGGAGGUUGUGUUAAAGAUGAGUGCUCGGCAGCGCCUGAGUGCGGACCCUGCGGAAAUGCUGGCCAAGAUGUUUCUGGGGUGGUACGACAAGCAUAAGGCGCAUUUCAAGGAGGUCCAAAACUUUGAUGCAGCGGUUUGGUCCUUCAAGGAUGGCUGGAUUGUGCACAAGAUGUUCACCCUUUUGCGUCCGAAAGUCAUGCGCCCAGAAACACCCCGAGAUGCUACGAUCAAGGAGCUGUGGGCCGUGCUGAUUGAUGUGAAGAGGAGACAGAAGGAAGCAGCAAAUGCAGUCCCUGGUCCUGAGCAUCUCGAAGGAGCCGAGGCUGAAGAUAAUGAUGAUGACGAUGAGGCCUCAUCCAAGGCUAUGGAAGGGGAGGCUUCCUCCGUGGCUAUGGAAGGGGAGGCUUCAUCAAAGGCUAUGGAAGGGGAGGCUUCAUCAGAGGCUAUGGAAGGGGAGGCUUCAUCAGAGGCUAUGCAAGGGGAGGCAUCUUGGGCUUUGCGUCGGCAAAGUUUGACUAGGGAGGAGAAGCUUGAGAUAGACAGUGAGGCCGCAGGCUAUCGUCUUGCCCAUACAAUUUCGGAGUCUUGGUCAGAUGAGCAUAUGCCCAGAACCCCGCCUGAGCUGCAAGAGGCGGUUUCUGCAGAGCCACGCUUGCUAACUCAGAAAACCUUGUUGGAUGAGACCCCGAAUGACAGAUCCUCUGAUGUGUGCACAGUGGACUCCAGCCCUGAUGAAGCCUCAUCGUCAACAAGACCCGUGUUUUCCCGUCGCCCACAUGUUCCUUCGAAGACUUGGAAUGCUGACCUGUCACCAGCGCUAACGAACGAGCAGAAGGCUAGGAUUCUGCCUGGACUUUCUGCUGCUUUGCCGGCAGCUGCAGCACCUGCCGGCCAAGGUGGUGGCUAUGCUCCCUUUGUAGCCCCCUCGCCUGCCCAGAACCCCGAUCAGGAGGAUACCUAUGUGCCAGAGGCAGAGCAAAGCCUUGAAGGGCUCAUUGAGGAGAUGGCUCCGUCUCCGCCUCCCAAGAAUCACAUGGAGCUGGAUGGACUGGUGAACCCCUCUGCAGCUUCAAAGGUUUCUGAGGAAGAUGAGCCAGUGUCCCCAUGUGAGGAACCGGCAUCGAAAGAUGACCAGAUGCGCUUGAUUCUUGAAAGCCGAAAGGCAAAGAAAGCCAAAGCAGCUCAGAAAGCCAUCGCAGCAGAUGCCGACACAACUGCUGAAGCACCGGCCGGAGCAAAGCGCGGACGCAAGCCCAAGAACACCGAAGCCAAAGCUACCUCAUCAAAGACAGCACCCAAUUCCAGUGAUCAGGAAGCCUUGCCAGCUGCAGCAGCAAAGCGAGGACCCAAGGCCAAAGCCCAAGCGAGCCAUCCAGAACCCAUGCCGGGCACAGGUACAGCAGAGCCGGCAUCUGAGUCCAAAGCCCCCAAACACAAGCCAGGACCCAAGCCCAAGAGAGCCAAAGCCGAUGAUCCUCAGGAACCCGAGUCAAACCCGGGAGCCAAGCCCAAGAGAGCCAAACCCGAUGAUCCUCAGGAACCCGAGUCAAAGCGGGGAGCCAAGCCCAAGGGAGCCAAGCCCGAUGAUCCUCAGGAACCCGAGUCAAAGCGGGGAGCCAAGCCUAAGAGAGCCAAGCCCGAUGAUCCUCAGGAGCCCGAGUCAAAGCCGGGAGCCAAGCCCAAGAGAGCCAAGCCCGAUGAUCCUCAGGAAUCUAGAGCCAAAGCCGAUGAUCCCCAGGAACCCGCAGGAGCCAAGCCCGAGAGAGCCAACACCGAUGAUCCUCAGGAACCUGUUGUGGCAAGCAACAGCAAGCCUGAGGGGAAGCCUAAGCCAAAGGGGAAGGCUGCCAUGAAGAGGCCAGCAGCAAAGGUGCCGGUCCCUGGCCCGGCUCCAAACGACGAGGCUGAGCAGGCUGAGAACGACGUACCCUUGGAGUGCGAGCUCCCGAAAACGUUUGCACGGCGGGCAAUGCCCACGACAGCCGCCGGAAUCAACAAGUACCGGCGCAUCGUUGGUGCAUUCAGGGCCCAUGUGCUGCCAAAGUUGAAGGAUGGCCAGAAGUGUGUGGCCGAGGACAGUCUUGGGUCUUAA